AUGGAUACCCCUCGCUAUGUAUUCGGCGCCCAGGGAUUCGGUGUGGCCUGGACGGCUGACAACGUUGACCACCUGAUGACGAGUCUCACAGAGGCUGGAAUCAAUCAAUUCGACACGGCUGCCCUGUAUCCCGCCUCAAAUCCUGGGUCAUCUGAGGAACUACUCGGCAACAAGAAGCCAGUCAAUGCAGUCAUCGAUACAAAGGUUCUCUUCAUUGGCGAUGACUCUUUGUCCUUCAAAAAUAUGGGCGCCUCUAUCAAGGGCAGUUUAGAGCGACUGCAGGUCAAGAAGAUUCGCACCCUCUACGCUCAUGCCCCAGACCGUACGACUCCGAUUCCGCUGCAAGCUGCACACUUCGACCAUUACUACCGUGAAGGGUGCUUUGAAAGGCUGGGUCUCUCCAACUACAGCCCCUCUGCGAUCCGCGCCUGGAUGGAAGUCGCAGUGGAGGAAAACCUGAUUAUGCCAUCUGUUUAUCAAGGCCAGUACAACGUCUUCUGCCGGGGCUACGAGGAUGAUCUCUUUCCCGUACUUCGUGAGUUUGGUAUUGACUUUGAGGCAACCUCGCCGUUAGCGGGUGGAUUCCUCACAGGGAAGCUUUCAUAUUCUCCAUCGCCUGAGCAGUUGGAGGGUACCCGCUUCGAGGUCGGCGAAGGUAACAUGCUGGGUGCAGUUUACCGCAUGUGGUACGACCAGCCCAUUUAUCAUCAAGCGAUGCGAUCCUUGGACAAUAUUGGUAAAAGGCUGGGGACUACGGGGGCCCAAUGCGCCCUUCGCUGGUUGCUCUUCCAUUCAAACCUCAAGGAUCCCGACCGAAUUGUCAUCGGACCUAGCACUCUGGAGCAGCUCCAAGACUAUGUCGACGCCCGGAAGGACGGGCCACUUUCAGAUAAUGCAGCACGUGGCAUUAGUUCCCUUUGGCCGACCCUGAAGGGAGUUGCGGCCACGAUGAUUGAGAAGGGAUGGUGGUCUCUGUGA